UUGACAGAAAAAUGGGGGAUCCGAUGAUCGCUUAGAACCCGAUUUUCCUAGGAAAUGGGAGGAUCAUGAUGGUCGCUGAAAACCCCAUUUCCUUAGGCAUGCAUUACUUUAUAAAGAGUCUAAAUAAGUGUUGUAUUGUAUUGAUUUAGUCCUCGUUUUUCCAAUUAACAAAAGUAUUAGACCAAUGAAAUAGAACUCUUAUCGGUCCAUCAUAGACUAUCAGUAAUGGCGGCUCGCCGGUGGUUGAUGCAGACAUGACCUGGUAAGGUAUUUCGUUUUUAUUACCUUGUUUGCUUGGUGGAUUCUAAUUUACCUUCCCUUUUUAAGGGUUCAAUAACUAAAAUAGGUUGGCUACUUAUUUAAAUUCAUUGUUGAUGAUUUUUAGUUUUCCUUGAUUGCUGACUUUUUGAUUGGGCAAUGGUUGAUGGUUUAAGAUAGUACGCUUGAUUUAGUGUUUUUGGUUCUGCCUUAGCAUGAAUUUAGGUUGUGGUUCAAUUCUGGAAAUUUGGUGGUGUUUAUGACUGGGUUUGCUGCUUGAAGUUUAUAUUCGUGGGGUGCAAUGUUGGGAAUCUGUGUUGGUCAUUACGUUAUUGAUUUAAAAGCUAAAAAUUCUUUCUUAGGAUGAUUGAAUCUGGAGAUCUGUGUGUGUAUGGUGGCUAUUAAGGCAGGAAGUUGUUCGUUCAUGUAUUUUCAACUGUUAUGUGUUGUGAUGGUUUUGGCCGGACAUGAGUUGAGAUUAGUCUGGGUACUUAGACUCAUUUGUGGUUUUUAUAAAUUUAGGAAAUGCUAGAUAAAAAAACAUAAUAGAAGUUUAAUCGAGAUGAUAGCUGAAGCAUAUAUAGAUAGCUAUUAGUAAAUUAGUAAUUGUAGAAGUAAUGUACAUAUCUGUGAGUUAGUAAUCUUAACAGAAAGAAACUAACUUGAAUGAAAUUACUUGUAUGCUAUUUAAUUUGUAGAGAUAGAACUUUGGGGGGGGGGGGGGGACAAGUACAUGGAUGAUGAUAAUAGUAAGUAGUUGGAUUACAAUGAUGUGAAGUGCUUAAAAGGAAAGAAGAUUCAGAAUUUGAUUCCUUUUAAGGUGUUUAGAUUGAUUUGUAAUUUGGUUGGAGGUAAUGAGUGAUUAUUUUCUCUUAAAAAUCUUUGUUAAUAAAAGUAGAAGUGAGAUGAGUAUGUUCUGAUGAUUGAAUCUAAAGAUGGUUAAUUUUGCUUGAUUGCCAACCUUUGUUUGAAGUUGAUGACUGAUUGUGCCUUCGUUCUUCCGUUUCUUGUAUUUCGUCAACUUCUCUUCGCUCCUUGAUUCCCUCUUCUUGUGUAUUUUUUAUGUUGUUGAGGCUUCUGCUUUUGGUAUCGGUCAUGAAGUAGGAGGGAAUUCAUUUUUUUUUGUCUUUUCUUUCUUUGUAUGUUUGAGCAAGGAGAAGUGGAAAAGAGUUUCCUUGUUAUUUUUGGUAUGUGUAUAUGAGUCUUAUCUGUUUUGUUGUCUGUGUGUGGCUGAAGAGGGAGAUGUGGGUACGAGGUGGUUGUGUCUUUUGUAUAGUUAGGAGGGGAAAGGAAAGUCCAGGAAGGUGGGAAACGGGGACAGUCUUGCAGGGGUAAGAUUUUUGCAGAGUUUCAUCUUCUGUGUACAAGAAGAAGAAGAGGAAGAAGAACGAAGGAGAAAACGGAAGGAUGAAAGAAAGUGUGAUAGACCAUUGAUUGCACAUGUUUUUACCCCUAUUCUUGAGCCGUUUGAGAUGUUGAUUCUCAUGUUUUAAGCUGAUUUCACGCUAGGUUGUGCGUUUAUGUCAUAUUCAGGGCUUAGCUUUGGCAUCGAGGCGAAGAAACGAGUUUCGGGUUGAAAGGAGCACGUUUGGGUUGAAGUGCGCUGGAGGAGCAAAAUACCCGACCAUGAGCAAAAAUACUCAGCCGGGUAUUAAUCGGAGCAGACCGGGGAAAACCUGUUUUGGGCGUUUGAGAAGCAGAAGGGGGCCCGAGCAUUAAUCAUGAAUCCCCGAUCGAGUAUUCUUGACCCUGACCGGGGAUUAACCCCCUGUCCCCGACAGUGCGUUUCAACAAUCCCCAGUCGCGAACGCAGGCUGUUAAAAGCCUGUUAUGUGCGUUUUUAAAAUGGAGAGCUGGGUUUUGGAUACCGAACACCCAAGGGAUGAACCAAAGAGAGAGAGGGCGAUUUGAGGGCAUUCUUGGAAUGGAAUUGGAGGAUUUCUUCGCCUUGGAAGCUCGAGAAACAAGCCCGGACUUGAAGACUGAUCAUCUGAAGAUUCUUACUGCAGUCUCUCUCUUCUCUAUGGAGUAACUUCCCUUCACUUAGGUUUUGAGGAACCCUAGCUAUGUUUGUUUGAUUGGAUGAUUGUAUGAGUACUCCUACUUGAUAAUCUUGAUUUCAUAUUCAAUCUAUCCAUGUUUUCGUGAUUCAAUUAUGCUUUAGUCGAGAUUAUUGAUUCUGCUUUGAUCCUAUGAGAGCGAAUACCUGAUUAGGUCAAUAGAGCACCAUAGAUUGAUAAUAUUGGAUCGAUUGCUUUAGUCUAGGGUUGAUUCACUGCUUUGUAUCGAUUGAGAACCUCGUUCGAUAGAGGAAGUCUAGUUCAGAGCGCCUUGAUCGGUUGUUCUAGAGAAGGAUACGUCCCUCUAAGCAAUCGACUCAAGAGGGCCUUGAUCCUUUAGUCGAGAUUCAAGGUCUAGCCAAGGAUUCUUCGCAUUGUGAAUGAAAGUGAAACAAGUUAGAAAUCAUCAAUCAUUAAUCUGGCUAGUGGCUAGGGGGAAUCAUACCUAAGUGAGUUCCCAACCUGUAAUUAGAUUAACUUUAACUGUAGUUUGUUAGAGUAGUUUUAGUUCUUCCAUCUUAAUGUGGUUUGCUAGAUAAUGAACUGAAGCUGAGUAAUAGUAACUCUAGAGACCCGUGGAUUCGAUAUUUAUUACUUGAGCCACUAUACUGCAGUCCCUUUUAUUGGUUACAUUUGGCCAUUGUUAGGAGUUGUGUCAUAGCGAGUCAAGUUUUUGGCGUCGUUGCCGGUGACUUUCUAGAUUAUUAGGAAAGGCAGAAGUUUGGUAUUUUAGCGUUUUUCUUUUCCACCCUUGCUUUUCACUUGGGUGUUUUUGUUUUUGUUGGUGAAGAUCUGUAUCAUGGAUCCUCAUGGCUUCUUCAACCAUUGGGGGUAUCCACCACCAUCCGAGUGGUAUUACCCCGAGACUCCGUGGAGCAAUCAAGGAGGAGAAGACUAUGGAUUUGGGUUCCAGUACCAACCCCCUUACUACGUAGAACAAUCAGACCCCUGGGCAUAUCAAGAACAACCUCAUUACCAAGAAGAAUUUCUCCCACAACCAGAAGGUCCAUCGGAGCUAGAGUUACCCAUGGCGGCCUUCACUGCCAUUCUGCAGAGCCAUGCUAACUCCACAGCCAGAUCCAAACUAUGAAUUGAGGCUUCUCAUGGAGCGGUAUGCUCGAGACAGUGAGAGAUCAUGGUCUAGGAUGGAUCUUUGUACCCAGGCCUAUCAUGAAACAGAGGAGAUCCUCUUGAGCAUUAAGAAGAGACUCUAUGAUCUUGAGAAAUCUUAUGCACAACCUGCUCAAGAUCACCCUUCUGCUAAUAUACAAGAAGAGGAGGAGGAAGACGAAGGUUACGAAGACAUUGUGGAGCACAUAGAAGUUGUCACGGAGAGCUCCCGUGAUGAUCAUGAUAAGGAAUGUCCUGUCGUAGUCGACCACGCCUUCCCACAUCCCACACUGAGCUUUGAAGAUGCGUGCAUGAGUGAGGAGAUGAAAGAGGAUCUCAUCAAAGAAAUUGCUUGGCGACUUGCCCUCCAAUCCGUGCUAGAAAGAAGGGAGGUUGAAGAAGUUGUGGAGGAUGACGAAAGUGAAGCAGAAGGAGUUCUUGAUCAUUUACCAGGGGUGAUACCACAUGAAGAAGGAAGGGGGGUUGAAGAAGCAAUUGGCGUCCAGGCCGAGGACAAAGUUGAGGUGGAAGAGGCUUGCACCGGCCAUGAGUUACAUGUGAUAUCUCCACCAAACUUCGAGGAACUGCUUAGCAAGGACCCAUUUGCAGUGUCUCUUUGCCAGACCACGGCCACAUCGACAUCAGUCCCUCUUGGUGGACGCAAUGGUGGUCAAUCAAUGUUGUUAUAUCUGGUUUGGGGCAAUGAGACAAGAGAAGAGAAGAAGAGGUCUUGAGGGCGGAGACUUCAUCUGCAUCAAGUGCACGAGCUUCCCUCACCUGUCAUACCACAUGCUCGUGACUUAAGACUCCACCUUAUUGACGAGAACCUCAACUUCAAGGAGGUUUUGGGGUGGACCGAAACUUAGGAGCUACCGUCCGGCUCACGACGUGAAAGAAGCGCUUGUUGGGAGGCAACCCAACCAGUCGGUUUGCAUUUCUUUCUCUAUUUAUCCUCGGUUGAGUCAGUUUUGUUAUUUGAUUUUAGAGUCAAUAACUCAUCCUUUGUCAGAUUUUGUGUGGUGUUUGUGUUUCGACUACUCUUUCCUCCUGGAAUGCACCGCCUGCCUCGUCCACCAUCAUUCACCCUUGAUCUGGUAACUUUGUUCUACCCUCCUUAUCUUUCCUCCAUUGAGGAUAAUGUCGUGCUUAAGUGUGAGGGGAUGUUCGAUUAUGUAUGCGGGUGAAUGUUUGGCUGUUUGGGUGCUUGGAGCCUAGUCCACUGUCCAAAUUUUUAAAUUUAAGGGCUCCAAGUACGUGUUUCCUUGCAAAUUGCCUGCUCAGUAUGCUUUGAAUUGACAGUCUCUAUAGUAAUGUGAAACCUAGGGAGUUAGUGUAGCACUAUGGAGGAUGUUGAAGUAUAAGAUUUUUUCUAUCUAGCUCUCUGUUGUGCCAGUUGAUUUUGUGAAUUAGUGAAGCUAAGACCGUUGAAUUCAUGUGGUAAUGGUGACUCUGUUGGAAUUGUGUUGUGGACUCAUGUAUCGAACAGGGUGCUCAUGUGGGAAAUGAAAAGCAGUUGGUCCUCCAUGUCAAAAUCAUUGAAAUCUUAAACAUGGGGUAAGCCCAACGUGUGUGGCACCGUUCAUUGCACAAAAUCGGGUUUUGGAAGAGAUUUUAGUGAUCCUUAGUGGGGUACUCCUACAAGGUGAAGCUAAGCUGUCUCUAGUACAAGUAAAAUAUUCACCCAUUGAACGAUUUGUCUACUCGAGGAUGUGUUUUUAAGGACACGGAUAGAGCUUUCGAACCCCCUUAAUUUCAUUGACCCUCCACACGAGUUGAGGAAAAGGAGUUAAAAGAAGUACUUUGGCGAGCGCCAGAUGUAUAGAAAUUGCUCUUGCUCGACUAAUAAGGGUCAACCGUGCAAAAGACUACAGUUGGAACCCCCGCUAAGUGAACGAAGAAAAAAAAGAAAGGAAUGUAAAACGAAAGUGAAAAAAAGGGUUCCAACGGUGAAAUGAAGUGAAAGAGCACCCCGGUACAACAAGUCCUUGGUUGUGAAUGGUGUGAGUCCCUUUAUCCAUGAACUGGUUGUCUUACUUCUACUUCUUCUCAUGAUCCUGGCUUGAGUCUAGUACUCGCAUUGAGAGAGAUAGGGGGCGUCUUAGAAGACCAGUUGACCGCGUAAGCUGCUUUAUGAUCUAGGAAAUCCUCUACCGACGAUCGGGGUUGUUUGUUGCUAUAGAGGUCUGGAGAGUUGCAUUGGUUUGAGUUAGGUUUUCUUGGGGACAAGCAAACGUUUAAGUGUGGGGGAGUUUGAUAGACCAUUGAUGGCACAUGUUUUUACAACUAUUCUUGAGCCGUUUGAGAUGUAGAUUCUCGUGUUUUAAGCCGAUUUCACGCUAUGUUGUGCGUUUAUGUAGUAUUUCAGGGCUUAGCGUUGGCAUCGAGGCGAAGAAACGAGUUUCGGGUCAAAAGGAGCAGGUUUGGGUUGAAGUGCGCUGGAGGAGCAAAAUACCCGGCCAUGAGCAAAAAUACCCGGUCGGGUAUUAAUCGGAGCAGACCGGGGAAAACAUGUUUUGGGCGUUUGAGAAGCAGUAGGGGGCCCGAGCAUUAAUCAUAAAUCCCCGAUCGGGUAUUCUUGACCCUGACCGGGGAUAAACCCCCUGUCCCCGA